ACCGUGGUUUUGCUUGGAGUCCUGGAGUUCCUUUCUCUUCAGUCGUUUUGGUGUACUCGCUUUUUUUUUUUUUUCUCGCUUUAUGAUUCGGGGCGUUAGCUUCCCCCACGACAUUUCAGGACAUUUCAGGCCUUCUGCUCUCCUCUCUCCAGGCUACCACGAGGCAGGAUUAAAUUGCUUAUCCACCCCGUCCCCCCCCCCCCUUCUUUCAGAGCAGUACCCCAGUGCUGAACGGGAAAGGCAGACGAAGUUUGCUGCCUUUGAGACACUACGCUCUUACUCCAGAGCUCAUGGUCUGAGGGCCCGGCCUAAACAUUAAACUACCUUUGUGAAGGGCCUUUUUUAUUUUGUGAGGUCCUGGGGGAAUAGGGCACUACGGUGUAAUGUCCUUAAACUGUUGCUAAUUAUGCCUGUCUUCAAGUCUGCUUACCUUCUAUGCUGUUAUUUCUUGCAAUGCGAAAUCUCUCCUUCAUUCCGGAAGCAAAUUACCAAUUAAAGUAAUUUACUUGCUGAGGGUUGGAUUGAGCUUUAGUGUAUUUAAUAAGGACGGGUCGGGUUUUGGAGGAUCUCUCAAAUUUUGGGCUUCAAGGCUAUGUAACAUGUAGGAACAUUCGUUGAACUUAACCACAGCUAGCCCGAUUUCACUAGAGUACUAUUGGGAGAAAGUAUCAUGGAAGUUCUGCGCCCACAGCUUAUAAGACUUGGUGGACGGAUUUACAGAAAAAAUCCCAUCCAAGAACAGAUUUAUCAACAUGAAGAAGAAGAUGAAGACUUCUAUCAAGGCUUCGUGGAGUGUGCAGAAGAGCCCUGUGAUGCCUACGAGGUGGUGCAGACCCAGCAAGGUUUCCGGUGUACCGUGAAGGCCCCCAGCCUGCUCUACAAGCAUAUAGUUGGAAAGAGAGGGGACACUAGGAAGAAACUAGAAGUGGAAACCAAAACUUCUAUUAGCAUUCCUAAGCCUGGACAAGAAGGAGAAAUUGUAAUCACUGGACAGCAUCGGAGUGGUGUUAUUUCAGCCCGAACUCGGAUCGAUGUUCUUUUGCUCACUUUUAGAAGAAAGCAGCCCUUCACUCACUUCCUUGCCUUUUUCCUCAAUGAAGUUGAGGUUCAGGAGCGAUUCCUGAAGUUCCAAGAGGAAGUACUGGAGAAGUGCUCCAUGGAUCAUGGGAUUGAUAGCACCAUUUUCCAGAAUCCCAGAAAGCUUCACCUAACUAUUGGAAUGUUGGUACUUUUGAGUGAGCAAGAGAUCCAGCAGACGUGUGAGAUGCUACAGCAGUGUAAAGAGGAAUUCAUUGAUGACAUUUCUGGGGGCAAACCCUUAGAGGUAGAGAUGGCAGGGAUAGAAUACAUGAACGAUGAUCCCGGCAUGGUGGAUGUUCUUUAUGCCAAAGUCCAUAUGAAAGACGGCUCCAACAGGCUGCAAGAAUUAGUCGAUCGAGUGCUGGAACGUUUUCAGGCAUCUGGACUAAUAGUGAAAGAGUGGAAUAGUGUGAAACUCCAUGCUACAGUCAUGAACACUCUAUUCAGAAAGGACCCCAAUGCUGAAGGCAGGUACAAUCUCUACACAGCGGAUGGCAAAUACAUCUUCAAGGAUAGAGAAUCAUUUGAUGGCCGAAACAUUUUAAAGCUCUUUGAGAACUUCUACUUUGGCACCCUGAAGCUCAAUUCCAUUCACAUCUCUCAGAGGUUCACGGUAGACAGCUUUGGGAACUACGCCUCCUGUGGGCAAAUUGACUUCUCCUGAGGAGGAUCUUGGGAAGCGCCAAAAAUUGAACAUCCUCCCGAGUGGUUGGAUGGCGCGGUGUGCACGGUGCAACAAGUUCUCCCAGAGAUUGUGCUGCAUAGCAACGUUGACAGUGGAGUUUGGUGCCCUCACCUCAUCUCCGCGCAUCUCUCUUACUGCCUUCUUUCUGCCACACGCCACUGGGCAGCCUUGCCCAGGAAGUAAAGAUGUCUUGUUUUGUUUUUAAUGUUUUUUCGUGUUUAUUUAUUUUUGAGAGAGAGAGAGAGAUGAGUGAGUGCAAGUCGGGGAGGGACAGCGAGAGAGAGAGAGGGAAGGAGAUAGGAUCUGAAACAGGCUCCAUGCUGAUAGCAGAAAGCCGGAUGCGGGUUCAAAUUCAGGAACCAUGAGGUCAUGACCUGAGCUGAAGUCGGACACUUAACUGACUGAGCCCCCCAGAUACCCCUAAAGAGGUCUUAUUUUGGAUGUUAGAGAUUUAUGACUUGUGUUUCUAGUAAAUUUUUUUAUCUUUGGAAAAUGUAACUUUAUAUACCAAAUUCUCAAUUCUUUUUUUUUUUUUAAGAUUUUAUUUUUUAAGUAAUCCCUACACCCAAUGUGAGGCACAAACUUACAACCCUGAGAUGAAGAGCCACAUGCCAAGCACCCCCAAAUCCUAAAUUCAUAAUAGAAUCGGAACUUCUGUUAUUUAAAAUUUAGAGGCAACUGUGCAUUUUAAGGACAUAUUGUAUUAUUAAGUAAUUUUUCACAAGUAAUUUACUCUCCUCUCACGACUUUAUGGUGGAUUUUUCCAGAGGCUACGUGACGUAGUGACAUCAUCACUCUGAUGGUUAAUGGAGCGUGUGCUUAUGUAUUUUUGUAUUUCCUAGAAUCUUGUAAGUUGUAGAAAUUCAGAAGAAUCUCUCAAGAUUCAGGGUCCCCUCUCACCAAAUUGUAAUGCGGUUCGUAUUGGAAGAUUUGCUGUGUUUAUAAUCAAAUCUCCUUAAAUAUUAUCAGUUAGUAUUUCAUCCUGUAUUGAAAUAGAGUUAAAUUGCAGCUAACAUCACUCCAGCCAGUUUUUGAGGCACUGAUUUCACCCAGCUCCUCAAAGAGGAGGAGGGAAGACAAUCCCACUGCAAUUAUUACACAAGAUCUGUGCUGUUAUAUAAGGAAUUUUGGCAUGGAGAAUAAUUUUGAUUUUUUUGGAGGGGACACAGUUUGCCCCAGAUGAACUCCUUACCCAUGGUAGAAACAUGAUAAAUGUUACUUAUAGUGGUUAUUUUUUUAAGUGAGCUCCAGAGUUUACUACAUUGGACAUUGAUGAGAAUCCAGCUUCGUAAAGACACAAAGUUUGCUUCAGGUUCGCUUUUGUGUUGUGCUCUUUUCCUGGAGCUGACAGGAACCCGAUGGCACCAGAGGUAUGUUGAGUUGAGAAACACCUCUCAAAUUCUUUUAAAAAAAUUUUAUUUAUUUAUUUUUUUAACGUUUAUUUAUUUUUGAGACAGAGAGAGAGCAUGAACAGGGGAGGGUCAGAGAGAGAGGGAGACACAGAAUCUGAAGCAGGCUCCAGGCUCUGAGCUGUCAGCACAGAGCCCGAUGCGGGGCUCGAACUCACGGACCACGAGAUCAUGACCUGAGCCAAAGUCAGAAGCUUAACCGACUGAGCCACCCAGGCGCCCCUCAAAUUCUAUCUUAAUGCCUAUAGGGAACAUGGAUAUCAAAGCCCCAGGAUGCUAUAGCUGUUGUGGCUGUUUUAUUAAUAGCUUUUUAGUUGUCAAUAACAAAAUUUUUAAAUUUUUUUUCAAUGUUUAUUUAGUUUUGAGAGACAGAGCGUGAGUAGGGAAGGGGCAGAGAGAGAGGGAGACACAGAAUCCAAAGCAGGCUCCAGGCUCCAAGCUGUCAGCACAGAACCGACAUGCGGCCUGAACCCACCAACUGCGAGAUCAUGACCUGAGCUGAAGUCAGAGGCUUAACCAACUGAGCCACCCAGGCACCCCUAAUAAAAUGUUUUUUAAACAAAAGAUAAAAUAAAUUCACUUUGUGAAAAAUAAUCUAGCUGUACAUUCAUGCUUUAUGUUUUUUUCAAUAUGCAUUUUAUACUUCAGUUUAAAUGUUGUUUUAAAAACAAAUUUCAUCCUCCAGAGGUUUGUCCUCCCUAUGCAUUUAAGCACAUAUCAUAUAUCAUACUGUUAAAUAGUUUUUCACAAAUAAUAAUAUUCGUGGAAUGCUCACAUUUGUCAUU